GCCCGAGGAGGACCCGAAGCUGUAUCACUCCGUGAAGACGGGCCGGGGCCCACUGGGCGAUGACUGGCUGGAGGUGGCAGCCGGUGGGCCCCUGAUGUGCGCCUACAAGCUCUGCAAGGUGGAGUUUCGCUACUGGGGCAUGCAGUCCAAAAUUGAGCAAUUCAUCCACGACGUAGGCCUGCGCAAAGUGAUGCUGCGAGCGCACCGCCAGGCCUGGUGCUGGCAGGAUGAAUGGACGGACCUGACCAUGGAAGACAUCCGACAGCUGGAGGAGGAGACGGCCCGUAUGCUGGCGCAGAAGAUGGCCAAGUGCAGCGAGGCUGAGGAGCCCCCUGCGGCUGGCCCCAGUGCCGAGGGACACCCGGAGCUGGGUGGUGCCAACGGGCAGGACAAUGCUGAGCCGCAGGGGGCAUCCGAUGCCUCCCCCGAUGAUACCUUUGCUAAGCAAUGGUCCACGUCUUCCCGGUCAUCCUACUCUUCCCAACACGGAGGGGGGGUGUCUCCUCAGAGCCUGUCCGAGUGGCGCAUGCAGAACAUCGCACGGGACUCCGAGAACAGCUCCGAGGAGGAGUUCUUCGAUGCCCACGAGGACCUGUCCGACAGUGACGAGGUCUUUGCAAAGGAGAUGACGAAGUGGAGCUCUAACGACUUCCUGGACACGCUGGAGCGGCCAGUGGAGCUGGAUGAAGUGCUGGGGGAUGGAGCCAGCGCGGCCAAGGCAGAUAGUGAAGGACUAGCGGGGCCCGGCUUCCCGGAGGGUGGUUCAGUGGAGAGCGCGGCGCAGGCGUGUCGGAUCCACGCGCUUUUCCUCAUCCUCCACAGCGGGAACAUCCUGGACCAAGGCGCAGGCGAGCCAGGCUCCAAGCAGGCUGACGUGCAGACGCUGGCUGCCACUUUUGAUGCCGUCACCCGUGUCCACUUCCCGGAGGCUCUGGGGCACGUGGCGCUUCGCCUGGUGCCCUGCCCACCCAUUUGUGCUGCUGCCUAUGCCCUCGUCUCCAAGCUUAGCCCGUACAGCCACGAUGGAGACAGCCUGUCCAGCAGCCAGGAUCACAUCCCGCUGGCAGCCCUCCCGCUCCUGGCCACGUCCUCGGGGAGCUACCAGCAUGCCGUCAGCACCGUUAUCACUCGGGCCAACCAGGCUUACAGCGCCUUCCUGCACUCUGGGGAGGGGGCCGGCUUCUGUGGCCAGGUGGUUCUGGUCGGGGACUGCGUGGGAGGCAUCCUGGGCUUUGAUGCGCUGUGCCAAAGCCGAGCGGGCUCGGGGGGCAGUCGGAGCAGCAGCCGCAGGGGCAGCCUGAACGUGGAGCCCAUCUCCCCCGAGUUGUGUGGUGGGAGAGACCCACUGGCCGAAGGGGCAGACGGAGCAGGAGGAUCGGCCCAGGUCAAUCCGGAGCCGGGGGCACAGCUGACCUCCCGGGAGCCUGGGGACAGCCAGCACCACAGCUCCUUGUGCAGCUUACAGGCCAGCGAGCCCCCGCUGGAGGCAGAGCUGCUGCGGAGCGGUAGCUCAGCGCUGGAUGGGGCUGAGGGCACCAGCGCCCGUCUUGACUUUAAGGUAUCCGGCUUCUUCCUCUUUGGCUCUCCGCUGGGGCUGGUGCUAGCGCUGCGCAAGACCGUCAUGCCUGCUAUGGAUGUGGCCCAGCUGCGUCCCGCCUGUGAGCAGAUCUACAACCUCUUCCACGCGGCCGACCCCUGCGCCUCUCGCCUGGAGCCCCUCUUGGCCAAGGCCUUCCAUGCUGUGCCACCUCUCAGCGUUCCCCGCUACCAGAAGUACCCGCUGGGAGAUGGCACCUCCUCACUGCUGGACGCCCUGCAGACGCACUCUGCCCUCUUCUUGGCUGAGGUGGACGUGGCCGUCCCUAGCACCCCCACCAGCAGUUUCGGGGGCUUUUGGAGAGGCAGCGAGCCAGGCGAGCCCCCCACUCCAGCCAGCACCAGCGAAGUUGUCAAGAUUCUGGAGCGCUGGUGGGGCCCAAAGCGCAUCGACUACUCGCUGUACUGCCCCGAUGCACUGACCGCCUUCCCCACCAUCACCCUGCCUCACCUCUUCCAUGCCAGCUACUGGGAGUCUUCUGACGUGGUGGCCUUCAUCUUGCGGCAGGUGAUCGAGAAGGAGGGGCCACAGCCAACGGAGAGCGAGGAGAGCUCUAUCUACAGCCCCGCUAUCCCCCGGGAGAAGUGGCAACGCAAGCGCACCCAAGUGAAGAUUCGGAACGUGACAGCCAACCACAGGGCCAGUGACACCAUUGUGUGCGAGGGCAAACCGCAGGUCCUCAGUGGGCGCUUCAUGUAUGGACCCUUGGACGUGGUGACACUGACUGGGGAGAAGGUGGAUAUCUACAUCAUGACACAGCCGCUAUCGGGGAAAUGGCUGCACUAUGGCACUGAGGUGACUAGUGGCAGUGGGCGUCUGACCUUCACCAUCCCUCCAGACAAGGCCCUGGCCAUCGGCAUAUACCCUGUGCGCAUGGUGGUAAGGGGUGAUCACAGCUACGCGGAGGCGUAUCUGACGGUGGUGGCACGGGGCACCGAGUCGGUUGUGUUCAGCAUCGACGGCUCCUUCACAGCCAGCGUCUCUAUCAUGGGCAGUGACCCUAAAGUGCGGGCUGGUGCUGUUGAUGUUGUAAGGCACUGGCAGGACUCCGGCUACAUGAUCAUUUACGUGACGGGACGUCCCGACAUGCAGAAGCACCGCGUGGUGGCCUGGCUCUCCCAGCACAACUUCCCCCACGGCGCCGUCUCCUUCUGCGACGGUCUCACCCACGACCCCCUGCGCCAGAAAGCGGCUUUCCUGCAGAGCCUGCGCACUGAGGUGGGCCCCGGCCCCAGCUGCUCGGGGCUGGGGAUGCCAGCAGGAUGGGACUGGAGGGCUUGA